AUGAAUCGGAAUAUUCUCAUCAUAUUAUAUUUGAGCUGGUGUUGUGUGGGGGCAAACACCGAAAGCCCAAUAACUCUCAAGGAAUACCUCCGCAAAGUCGCAUUAGUGAUAGUCGAAGUCGUUGAAGGCAUGAUCAGGAAUAUGCAUACCGAGAUAGACCCGUUCCCCAUCCUGGCCCAGGUGUUCAAGUACGACGUUGAAAAUAAGCAGUUCCAACAAGAAUGUGCAGGAGUCAUUGUGACGAAUUAUCACGCUCUGUCAGCUGCACACUGCUUUCCUAUGGGCAUGGAUGUUAAUUACUGGAAGGUUCGCGUUGGCUCCAGUUACCGUUCUUCUGGUGGGGUGAUACACAAUGUGAGAGCUAUCAGAGUGCAUGAAAACUACGAAGAAUUAGAAAACACAAACGAUAUAGCUAUCAUGGCGAUGGUUGAACCGUUCAUCUUUAACAGUAAUGUUAGAAAGGCUUCAAUUCCAAUCCAUGGAUUAGAAUUUGACUACAAUUUUGAAUGUACUCUCGUAGGAUGGGGUGAAUUACAGCUUGGCGGUCUACGGAGUGAUAAACUGGAACUCACAAAACUCGUCACUGUAGGCCAGCACGAUUGCACGCGGAAAUACGAGACUAUUUCGAAAGUCAUUCAAAAUUCCAUGAUUUGCGCCGUGCGUGUCAACAAUGGAGGAUCUGCCGGUUGCAAAGGAGAUUCAGGGGGCCCUUUAAUAUACAACGGUUUUAUUGUAGGCAUCGUGUCAUUCGGAGUUUCGUGUCAAAACCCUGACUUCCCAGGAGUAUACACGAAGGUUUCACAUUACACUGACUGGAUGAAAAGGACUGUGCUUGCUAUUUGA